AUGUAUCAACUGAGCUUGCGCUUGGAAUGUCCCCGACCCAUCCCGUCCGCAAUCCCACCCGUCCCACCUCCAACCUUCCACCGCCUAAGCCAGUCUAAAAAGUCGGCGGCUUAUUCGCUUCUGGGGCGGAAAGGUGAUGACAAUCUCGCCCAAAUGCCGCGGGCGAACACUACAAAAGUGAUAAUUUGUCAGGAGCAGAAAAUGCAUGACGCGGGCUUGCGCCAUGGUGAUGCGGUUGGUGCCAGUGGGUCGGAAAUCUCGCAGGCAGUUAAGGAGGGCAAUGCCGGGGGAGGAUGGGGGGCGGUGAACUUUGACUCAGGGUUCUAG